AUGCCGUCUACUUCGUUGGCCCUCACGCCGGGCCUGGGGUCAUUCCUCAUAUGCCUCAAGACAAAUCCGAUUGACACUUCCAUUGAGACUCUGAUUUCAUUGCUCAAGCGACGCCAAAUCCGCCAUUCGCGCUCAUGUGCCACAGCAACUGCCUAUCUGCUACGGGGUGUGAUCUCAGCAUGUCGCACAGCGGAUCCAGCAAAGCUCAUUGAGCGAGUGCAGAGUGUAGGAAGGCGACUGAUGGCUGCGCAACCGCGCGAAAUGGUCGUGGGCAAUAUUGUGCGCCGAGUCCUAGGUCUUAUUCGCGACGAGGCGGAGGAUGAUCACGAUGCCGAAUUCGCACUCGGUGAUAUCGGAGCUGAGAGUCAGCCUCAAACACCUCGAGCUAACGAUGAUGCUUCAGUACCUUUGGAUCGCGACUCGCUCGGUCUCCGUCCCGAUGACAGAGCCCCCCGGCCUCCUCUGACCUCUAUGUUCAGCCUUCUCUCCUUCCCCGAGCCCGAGAACUCAUUUUCUAGCACUUCAGGAUCCUCCACCCCAGGCGGACAGCCCGCCCCCGUCAAAGAUGUACGGGCUGAAGUGCUGGAGGGUAUCGGCGAGAUCAUCGAUGAGCUGGGCCAGGUGGACGAUCAGAUCGCCGCCUACGCCUUGGAUCACAUCCACUCCAACGAAAUCAUCCUCACCCACACAUCCUCGACAACCGUUCAAAAAUUCCUCCUCAAAGCCGCAACCAAGCGCAAGUUUACCGUCAUCCAUGCCGAGUCGUACCCAAACAACCACGAGGAUACACAUGCCACCGUCAGCGGCCGCGCCGUCAGAGAGGACGACAGCCUCAGCGUGGAGGCUUUCCAGAAACCGCUGAUUGAACACGGCAUCACUGUCAUCCUCAUCCCAGACUCUGCCGUCUUCGCUAUUAUGUCUCGAGUAAACAAGGUCAUUCUCGGCACACACUCUGUACUUGCUAACGGCGGCCUUGUCGCUGCAGCUGGUACCCGUAUCAUCGCCCGUGCCGCCAAGGUUCACCAGACCCCGGUUGUGGUCGUGAGCGGUGUCUACAAGCUCAGUCCUGUUUACCCAUUCGAUUUCGACUCGCUCAUUGAAUACGGUGACCCAAGCAAGGUCCUCCCUUACGAAGAUGGUGCUCUUAUCGAACAGAUCGAUGUCCAGAACCCCAUCUAUGACUACGUUCCGGCAGAACUCGUCGAUCUCUACAUCACUAACCUCGGUGGUCACGCUCCAUCAUACCUCUACCGUAUCGUAUCAGAUCAUUAUCGCAAAGAAGAUAUCAGCUUUUAA